AUGCACACGAGCGAUACGCCACAGACACAUGGCCAUUGUGCAAAUAUUCUCCUUCCCGUCAACCCUCCUGAACAGCCUGCACCGCAACCUCCGAACGAGCACGAACUUGCACUUGAACGGCAACGGGUGGACGAUCAUGGGGCCAGACGUGUACUCGUCAACUUCGGACGCAUCCGUACCUUCAGCAGGCUCGAUGUCGAACACCGCAAGGAUCGAGACUACCGCCACUCAGACAGUUUCCGCAGCGAUAUGCAGACCAGGACAUAUCCUCCUACCGAAUCCGAAGGAUUCGUAGCCCAUCGGCAUGUCAGGAUUUAUCGCGGUCUGGAACUCGUUGAGGAAGCGGGUUGGGUCGAAUUUGAAUGGGUUCCGUCCUUAGUGUUCUGGAUCGUGUGCGGCGAGUACCCUGGGCGAAGGCACGUGAAGAACCAUGUAUCCCGUUACGGGAAGGAAAGACAUGGCGGAUGUCCACGGAGGUGA